AUGGCUGCGAAGGGCGCGUACGGCUCCCACCUGAAGAUGGAGAGCGAGCUGGAGCGCUGCCGCGCCGAGGGCCACUGGGACCGCAUGCCCGAGCUGGUUCGGCAGAUGCAGGCGCUAGUCAUGCUGGGCGGCGGAGGCGGCCGGCGAGGCAGCCCGAGCGCCGGGUUCACCUCUCUGGACACCGAUGACUUGGGGAAGUUGCUCCUGGCUGAGGCCCUCCUAGAGCAGUGUUUGAAGGGGAACCAUGCCAUGAUAAAAGACUCCAUCCCUCUGCUGGAGAAGAAUGAGCCGAAGAUGAAUGAAGCCAGAAACUACCUGAGCAGCAUCCUUAACCACGGGAAGCUGCCGCCGCAGUAUCUGUGUGAGGCCAUGCUGAUCCUGGGCAAGCUGCACUACGUGGAAGGCUCAUACCGAGAUGCCAUCAGCAUGUACGCACGGGCCGGCAUUGACGACAUGUCCAUGGAGAACAAGCCCCUGUAUCAGAUGCGGCUGCUGGCAGAGGCCUUUGUCAUUAAAGGCCUCUCCCUGGAACGCCUGCCCAACUCCAUUGCUUCCCGCCCCCGCCUGACUGAGAGGGAGGAGGAAGUGAUCACCUGUUUUGAGAGAGCCUCCUGGAUCGCUCAGGUGUUCCUGCAGGAACUGGAGAAGGUCACAAGUAACACCACAUCCCGGCACCUGAAAGGCUCGCACCCGGUCGACUACGAGCUCACCUACUUCCUGGAAGCCGCCCUCCAGAGCGCUUACGUGACGCACUUGAAGAAGGGGAACAUCGUGAAAGGCAUGAGGGAGCUCCGGGAGGUGCUGCGCACUGUGGAGACCAAAGCAACUCAGAACUUCAAAGUGAUGGCCGCCAAGCACCUGGCGGGGGUCCUGCUGCACUCCCUGAGUGAGGAGUGCUACUGGAGCCCCCUGUCUCAGCCUCUGCCUGAGUUCAUGAGCAAGGAGGAGAAUUCCUUCAUCACGCAGGCCCUGCGGAAACCUCACCUCUACGAAGGAGACAACCUCUACUGCCCGAAGGAUAACAUUGAGGAAGCCCUGCUGCUGCUCCUCAUCAGCGAGUCCAUGGCCACUCGGGAUGUGGUGCUGAGCCGGGCACCGGAGCAGGAGGAGGACCGAGCCGUGAGCCUGCAGAAUGCAGCAGCCAUCUAUGACCUGCUGAGCAUCACGCUGGGCAGGCGGGGCCAGUAUGUCAUGCUCUCCGAGUGCCUGGAGCGAGCCAUGAAGUUUGCGUUUGGAGAAUUUCACCUCUGGUACCAGGUGGCUCUGUCCAUGGUGGCCUGCGGGAAGUCAUCCUACGCUGUGUCGCUGCUGCGGGAGUGCGUGAAGCUGCGGCCCUCGGACCCCACCGUGCCCCUGAUGGCCGCCAAGGUCUGCAUCGGGUCCCUACAUUGGCUAGAGGAGGCAGAGCGCUUUGCCAUGAUGGUGAUCCACCUUGGGGAGGAAGCCGGGGAGUUCCUGUCCAAGGGCUACCUGGCACUGGGUCUCACCUACAGCCUGCAGGCCACCGACGCGACUCUGAAAUCCAAGCAAGAUGAACUGCACCGGAAAGCGCUGCAGACGCUGGAGAGAGCCCAGCAGCUGGCGCCCGGCGACCCCCAGGUCAUCCUGUAUGUCUCCCUGCAGCUGGCCCUCGUCCGCCAGAUCUCCAGUGCCAUGGAGCAGCUGCAGGAGGCUCUGAAAGUGUGCAAGGACGACGCCAAUGCCCUCCAUUUGCUGGCGCUCCUCUUCUCCGCCCAGAAACACUACCAGCACGCCCUGGACGUUAUCAACAUGGCCAUCACGGAGUACCCUGAGAACUUCAACCUGAUGUUCACCAAGGUGAAGCUGGAGCAGAUCCUGAAAGGCCCAGAGGAAGCCCUGGUGACCUGCAGACAGAUGCUGCGGCUGUGGCAGACCCUGUACAGCUUCUCCCAGCUGGGGGGCCUGGAAAAGGACGGCAGCCUCGGCGAGGGCCUCACGCUGAAGAAACAGAGUGGCAUGCACUUGACUCUGCCCGAUGCCCAUGACGCAGACUCUGGCUCUCGGCGGGCAUCAUCCAUUGCUGCCUCGCGGCUGGAGGAGGCCAUGUCAGAGCUGACCGUGCCCAGCUCGGUCCUGAAGCAGGGCCCCAUGCAGCUGUGGACCACGCUGGAACAGAUCUGGCUCCAGGCUGCCGAGCUGUUCAUGGAGCAGCAGCACCUCAAGGAAGCAGGCUUCUGCAUCCAGGAGGCAGCGGGCCUCUUUCCCACCUCGCAUUCGGUGCUCUACAUGCGGGGCCGGCUGGCCGAGAUGAAGGGCAGGUUGGAGGAGGCCAAGCAGCUGUACAGCGAGGCGCUCACGGUGAAUCCCGACGGCGUGCGUAUCAUGCACAGCCUGGGUCUCAUGCUGAGCCGGCUGGGCCACAAGAGCCUGGCCCAGAAGGUGCUGCGGGACGCCGUGGAGAGGCAGAGCACCUGCCAUGAGGCGUGGCAAGGCCUGGGCGAGGUGCUGCAAGCCCAGGGCCAGAGCGAGGCCGCUGUUGACUGCUUUCUCACCGCCCUCGAGCUGGAGGCCAGCAGCCCGGUGCUGCCCUUCUCCAUCAUCCCCAGAGAGCUCUGACA